CUUUGCCAAUUGCCAGCCCAGUCCAGCACACCAAAAACAGCAUCCAACAAAAAAACAAAAACCAAAUUUUUUUUUUAAAAAAAAACUCAAAAAAACACAGAUACAUUCAUUCAACAUUCAACAUUCAACAUCAUACGGAUUACUCUGCUAUUUUUCUCUCUCCAGAAAAUUCAACAAUGUUGCCUUACACUACAAUCGGAGAAGCCGAAGCAGCGUUAAAUCGAAGUCUCACAUUUGCAGAAACCCUUUGGUUUAAUUACUCUGCUAAUAAAUCAGAUUAUUUUUUGUAUUGUCACAACAUUGUCUUCCUUUUCGUCAUUUUCUCUCUCAUCCCAAUCCCUCUCGUUGUCGCCGAGCUUCUUCGCGCUGCCAAUGUCGAGCGCUACAAAAUCCAGCCUAAAGUCAGAUUAUCGUUUGCUGAGAUCAUGGAUUGUUAUAAGACCGUUAUGAAGAUGUUCUUCUUUGUUGUGGGCCCUCUUCAACUCGUCUCCUAUCCUUCUGUUCAGUUGAUUGGGAUAAGGACAGGACUGCCAUUGCCGUCAGGGUGGGAGAUAUUGAUCCAAUUAGCUGUAUAUUUCGUAGUUGAAGAUUACACAAACUAUUGGGUGCAUAGGUUUUUACAUUGCAAAUGGGGGUACGAGAACAUUCACAAGGUGCACCAUGAGUAUACUGCUCCAAUUGGUUUUGCAGCACCGUAUGCACAUUGGGCUGAGAUUUUGAUCCUUGGGAUUCCAUCGUUUCUUGGCCCUGCAUUGGUUCCGGGUCACAUGAUUACGUUUUGGUGUUGGAUUGCUACGAGACAGAUUGAGGCGAUUGAAACCCAUAGUGGAUAUGACUUUCCAUGGAGCCCCACUAAAUACAUCCCAUUUUAUGGUGGUGCUGAGUACCAUGAUUACCAUCAUUACGUUGGAGGACAAAGCCAAAGCAAUUUCGCUUCAGUCUUCACCUACUGUGAUUACAUCUAUGGGACUGAUAAGGGAUUUCGUUACCAGAAGAAGGUCCUUGCCAAGUUGAAAGAAGAAUCAAGCAGCAAUGGCCAACAAAAUGGGAUAAAAUUCGAUUAGGGAUAUCCGUGGCAUUCUUUCUGUCUCUGUGGGUGGAUUAUCAGAUAUAGUUUUAAGGUAGAUGACGCUCGCUAAUCGCUAUGCUGAGCUGAUGGUUCAACUGUAACAUGUGUAGUCUCAGCUGGGGGGUGAGGGGAAGGGGGUGGGGGAUAUGUAGUUUUAUACCUUGCCUCUUGUAGUUAUAUGUUUUAAUCCCUUUAAUGGGUUGAAAAAAAUAUAUAUGAAGUGUUUAUGGCCUUCUGUGUCUAUUAUAAUGGGGGACUUUUUUGUGUUUGAAUAUCAAUAUUAUAAACAGUGUUUUGUAAAAAAAAAAGUUCCUGAACAUUACUUCCUCCGUUUCUAAGUAAUUGCCACUUUCACUUUUCGAGAA